AUGACCAUCGUUCACACGCAAAAAGACACUGGCAGUGCCCCAGUCAGUGCCGCGGCCCGUGUGGCUCAGGGGCAGACGCCACCGAAUUGGGUCGACAUCCAGGAAGAACCAGCCUAUACCCCGAGAAAGAUCAAAAUUAUCUGCGUCGGGGCCGGGUGCUCUGGGAUUACUCUCGCACACAAAAUCAAGCAUGAAUUUCAUCUAGCAGACUUCAUUGACUACACGAUCUACGACAAAAACGCGGAAGUUGGUGGAGUCUGGGUUGAGAAUCGAUAUCCCGGUGUUGCUUGUGACAUAGCUGCUCAUGCAUAUACAUUCCGUUUCGAGCCUAACCCAAACUGGUCUCAUUUCUAUGUCUCUGGCCCGGAGAUUCGUGAAUAUAUUCACAACACGGUCCGGAAGUGGGGGCUUGAUGAGCAUGUUGAACUGAACUCUAGAGUGAUAGAGUCGGUGUGGGACGAUGAGCUAGGGAAAUGGAGGGUCAAGAUUGAACAGAAUGGAAAGAUUAAGGAGGAUGAAGCUGAUAUUUUCGUGAACGCAUCGGGCAUAUUGAACAACUGGAAAAUGCCAGAUAUCAAAGGCCUCGCUGACUUCCGAGGAAAGUUGGUUCACACUGCGGAUUGGGAUGAUAAGUAUGAGUGGAAGAACAAGCGCGUGGCAGUCAUUGGCAACGGUGCAUCUGGGAUACAGUGUGUUGCUGCCAUGCACUCUCACGUAUCCAAACUGGUCAAUUAUGUUCGCAGUCCUACAUGGAUUACCCCCAACAUCAAUGCGGAAAUGACAAAGACUGGGGAUAACUUCGCAUAUACACCUGAAGAGCAAAAGCAAUUCAGGGACGACCCUAAAGCAUUCUUUGAAUUCCGCAAAGAGGUCGAGAACCAUGUCAAUGGAGGGGCAUACGCAACUCUCAAGGAUCAUCCCCUUCAGCACUGGCUGAGGGGAGAAACAUUAAAGCAGAUGGAGGGGAAAUUGAAAGCACUGGACCCAUCAAUUGCAUCUCAUAUCAUCCCUCAAUUUGCACCCGGCUGUCGUCGCCUUACGCCUGGGAGUGGAUAUCUUGAAGCCUUCUCAGCCGGAAAUACUGAGAUGAGGUGGAAGGAUAUUGAGCUCAUCACUGAAACUGGAAUCCGCACAGUUGACGGAGAUGAAGAAGAAUUCGAUCUUAUUGUCUGCGCAACAGGCUUCGACACAUCUAUCAUUCCACGCUGGAAGCAGAUCGGGAAAGACGGGGUUGAUUUGAGAGAACAUUGGAAGGAUGACCCGGAGGCUUUUUUCAGUGUUCAUGUUGAUCAGAUGCCGAAUUAUUUCAUGAUCGGGGGACCGAACUUCCCUGUAUCCCACGGAACUGUGACGACUGGGUUCGCUAUUGUGUGUGACUAUAUCUUGAAAUGGACAACGAAGAUUGCCACAGAGGGUAUCAAAUCGAUCGACGUGAGAAAAGAAUCGUUGGACGAUUAUAAUGUUUGGACUCAGGAGUAUCUCAAACGUACAGCCUUUUCGGAAAAUUGUCGCAGCUGGUACAAGAACGGAAAGUCUUCUGGGCUAAUCACAGGCACCUACGCUGGAACUACGAGUCAUUUCCAAAAGUCACUAGAGCGACUCGGUGGCGAGCAUUUUAACAUACGAUACAAUUCUGUCAAUCGCUUCUCAUGCCUGGGAAAUGGUCAAAUGGAAGAAGAAAAAAACGGAGACGGCGAAUUGGCAAGUUACUUUGUUCAGGGAGUCUGGGGCCCUUGA